GAACUCGGCUAAUCUUGUAAGAGCUUGUUUGCUUGAUUUGUUGGAAAUUCAUUCAAUUCUCUGAAUGGUUGCCGAAGAGAUUAAAGAUGGAAAAGGGAAAAACAAGAAAAAAAGAAAAAAAAUGGGAAGUUUCUUUUCAUGUUGUUUUAAUGUGUUACUUAGGCCAUGGUUGAGAUAAAUUUAUUAGAAGAUUUGGAUGUGAAGGGACUUACCAUGAUCUUUUCCUCUACUCUGGCCAUUGGCAGUUCCAUUGUUUCAAUUGGCAAACUCUGAAUUAUAAAGGGAAUUUAGCAGUAUUUUCUAGGUUGCAAUCAUGGAGGAAAGGAAACUCAACUUUAAUGCUCGACUUCUGUCUGUGAGGCGAUUUGCUACAAUAUCAGUGCCCACGGAAAAAGAGAGUGGGAAGAUAAUUGAAAACUCCCCUCCCACCACAGAACAUGUUCUUUCUCCUCAUGAAUCAUACUUUAAUAUGGAUCAGGUAACAGAGCCUGCUGCACUAGUUCCUUUUCAUUGGGAGCAGAUUCCUGGAAAAGCAAAGGAUGGCAAGAAAGCUGGACCUCAGCGUUUGAAGGAGGAGCCUUCUAUUACUCCUAGGCUUCCUCCCGGAAAAGUUUUGAAUGCCAUGAAACAAUCUUCAGGCAUGGAUUCUGCAUACCAAAAUGGCACUAGGCCCCGAAUUAAAGCAUAUUCUUUCAAUGACGAAUUGAUGGAAUCGAAGUGCUCAAAAGAAGGACCAAAUCAGAGAGGGGGAUUGGGAAUGGAGGACGACAAUGACAUUUAUUCUGAUGCACUUGAGACGCUGUCUUCUAACGAGUCUGUUUCCUUGAACUGCAGUGCAAGUGGUCUGAGUGGAUAUGAUGGUACAGAUGUGAAACAAUCUGGAACUUUCUCUACAGAUUCACAAACUCGAGACUUCAUGAUGAGGCGCUUCUUACCUGCAGCCAAGGCAAUGGUAUUGGAUUCACCGCAUUAUGCUACUGCAAGGAGGCAACCCAUGGCGCCUGAACAACCUAGAGAAAUCAAAAAGAUGGUCAAUGAGGAUAAAACAUCUGUACAUAAUGAAAUAGAUUCUAAUGUGGUGCCACAGUUUGGACAGCAUCAAGAGGAAGAAGAAAGUGAAGAUGAAGUUUCUGAAUAUGAUGAAUCCCCAAAUAUUUCAGCCAAAGGUUGUGGGUUAUUUCCUCGGUUGCGCCUUAGUAAUUCAUUGUGCCUCUUAAAUCCAGUGCCAGGGAUGAAAGUUAGAACCCGGGCUCACACGCCUCCCACCCAUGAGGUUGCAAGAGCAGGCAGAAAGACUAAUAAGCAAUCCGAGUAUAAAACUGUCAACAAGCAUGCUCUUGAUGUGGCCUAUAAGCAAAAAUCAGACCGGGGAUUUCGAUCAGCUGAGCUGCAGGCAGUCAAGAGCAAGGGGACAGAUGAAUCCAGACGGUUUGCCUACUCAGGUGAGCUGCAAAAAGGUAGAUCACCUCCCUUCCUACAACCAAGGAGUGCUGGUGUAUCUCCUUUCCGGAAUGCUGCAUGUCAGUCUCCCUUUCGUGGACAGUCAGACCGUGGAAUUCGAUCAGGUGAGCUGCAGGUGGUCAAGAACAGGUUGGUUGCUGAGUCGAGUCGGUUUGCAUACUCAGGUGAGCUGCCAAAAGGUAGGAUAUCUCCCUUCCGACAGCCACGAAGCGGUGGUAUAUCACCCUUCAGGAACGAAGCACAUGAGUCUCCUUUUCGUGGAGAAUCAGACCGUGGAGUCCUGUCAGCUGAGUUGCAGGCGGUCAAGAGCAAGUUGUCUUGUGAAUCCAGUCGGUUUACAUUCUCGGGUGACCUGCAAAACGGUAGGACAUCUCCCUUCCGACAGUCCCGAAGUGGUGGAAUAUCUCCCUACAGGAAUGAAGCCCGUCAGUCUCCCUUCCGUGAAGUGGGGCUUCUUGGAAUUCCAAAGGAAGGGAACAUCAAAACCAGUAGUAGGACCAAUCUGUAUAGCAGAAGCAGUAACAAGUUUCAGGAUGUACAAAAAAAUAAACAGGGCCAUUUUCGAGUCCCUGCCAUUGAGAAGACAGUGUAUGUAGAUACUGUGAACAAUAACAUUGCUGAGAGAUCAUAUCCAAAUUCAGGUUCCAUAGCUUCCAAAGGACCAAUGGACUCUGCUAGUGAGGAAUUUGAGAAAUUUUUAGAGCAGAGGGGUAUUGAAGAAACUUCUACUUCAGAAUCUUUAUUUCAAGAAGUUAAGUGUCCAAAUAUUGUGGGAAGAGAGAGCAUUUUGGAACCUCAAGUCUUUCACUCUGUUGAUGACAAACAAUCCAGACUUUCUGAAAUAUCACAUUUCAAAGCCCAAGCUGUCAUGGAGGCCUCUCGAUUAGGAAUUGGUCGAGAAAUUAAAUCCUUGGAUUUGCCAAAAUUAUUAACUGCUAAUGGAAAUGCAGACAUUAAUACUGGUCAGAUUGUAAAGGCAGAUGUAGAAGAUAUUAAUACCAGUUUUGUAACUUCUCCUCUUCCUCCACCUUUACCAAAAUCACCUUCCGAGUCUUGGCUUUGGCGUACCCUCCCUUCAGUUUCUAUGAAGAAUCCAAUUUCACACAUGAAUCUUGGUCUUCUUACUAAAAAGACGGAGUCCAAGACGUCGUCCACUAACACCAAGUGGGAAACAAUUGUAAAGACUUCUAAAUUGAAUCACGAUCAUGCGCGUUAUUCUGAGGAAUUAAUUGGUCAUAUUUCUCAGCAAUCCAAAACUUAGAAAUGCCAAGAAUGUCGACAACCAAUGAUUCACACAGACUUUGUUUCAGAAGUUUUGUUUUCAUUUAUUCAAAGAUUGUUGUGAUAUACAUGGGGACAAUCCAUUCUUUUGUGGACGUUGUUUCUCUUUCUCAAGAAACAUUACGUGAGUGGUUUUGGUGUGUUCAUUUCUUGUUUUCUGCUGGCUACAACUGAUUUCUUCUUCUAGAAUAAUAUAGCAUUGAGGGGGAAAAAAAAGUCGGCUUCAAAAAUUUCUUCAAGAAGGAAAUGAUCUGAAACUCUAGUGUGUGGCUUCCUAUAACGUUUGUACUGUCUAGAAAUCAAUAGCAUUCUUUUUCUUAAAGAUUCUGAUCAUUGGAAAUAUAGUUUCCUUGACAAAAAAUACAUGAUUGGGCAUGUAAAACCGUAUAGACAUCAUGCUUGUAUUCCGUUAUGAUUUUGCCUUUAGGAAGAUCAACAUUUUCUCAAAUUGCCAUUUGAGUUGUCGCAGAAUAUAUUCUGAGGCAGGGGUGUAAAAGAGCCAAUUCAAUACAGAAUGAAAGGGUAUUUACACAUUUACAA